AUGGCCUCAUCCACAGAAUCAGAAACCCACACCUCCCCCGAAUCCAGACCGAAAACCAAAGCUGGUUCAAUUAGAAAACUGCGUACCCCAAAGGCCUGCUACCCUUGCUACAGGAGGAAGGUCAAAUGUGACAGAAACUCCCCCUGCGCGCUGUGCGUGAAGCGUGGAUACGCCCACCUUUGCACAUUCACACACCCGCCGACGACGACCAAAACUAGGAUUUCUCCACAAGCAGCUGCUCAUCGAGAUACGUGGAACUCGGACAACAAUAUUGGCAAUCACUGUUGUGACGGACUUGCUACAAAUUCGACUAGAACACACAUUUCCGGGGACCCGAUAGUCACCGACUCAGGAAAUGUUCUCGUCGACACGCAGGAAUGGCAGUAUAUUCAGGACAAACUUGCGGCUCUGAGCCAAAGUAUGCACAGCUUAAGAUCACAGCUGGAAAUAUCAGUCAGUCCAAAAGAGAUGUCACCCAAGACACCACCAGAUAAUAAUACACUAUCACCGAUAUUACAUCGACCCGACGAGGAGAAGGCGGAAGGUGUGCGCACACAAAAUGCCUUGGGAGGAUCACCGGUUCAUUGCGGAUCGGAUUCUGUGAUGGCAUUCCUGGUCGAAAAGUCUCAAAAUAACCAAUCUGUCUUCAGUGAAAAUAGCGUUCUGUCACAACUGGUCUUGGAUAACCAGUCAGCGACAUACCCGUUCCUGGAUCUGUGGUCUUCACACAUCACCUCAUAUAGCAACGAGUCUGUUUGCACAGCACUUCCGGACGAUAACAUCUGUCGAAGGCUACUGCGGUCCUACCAUGACGUUCGUUUAACGCUGUACCCCGUGAUUGCGGAUUUUGGCCAGUUUCAAAAGGACGUAUACACGAUGUUAGAAAACAGAGCCUUGCAAGGUUUAUGCACAAACAACGGCAUGUCUGGUGCGGAGCCCUUUGGCUACAGCAUCGCGUUUGUGGGGAUAUUGUUCGCUGUGCUCGCGUCAGGGUGUCAAGUGUCUGAUUUUACAAAGGACGAAAGAAUAUCAAUGUGCCAACUAUACAUCUCAUGUGCGUAUCAGUGUCUUCGAAACGGAAACUUUCUCUCUCGUCCAAAUAUGGAGGCCAUACAAACUCUUUUGAUCAUUGGUGACGUACUCUCGUACAACAUGAAUCCCGGAAUUGCAUACGUGACUUUUGGCGUCGCUCAACGGAUGGCCCUAACUCUCGGUCUUCAUGCGGAGUCUUUCAUAUUUAAGGAUCCCGGUGCCACUCGACGACAGGAUCUAUGGUGGUCCAUGGCUUGGCAGGAUAGUCAUUUCGGGCUUUCUUACGACCGUCCGGUAGAAACGCUUGCAGCAUGCCCCCCCAUCCCCCGUGCAGCAGAUUCAAGACCGGGCAUGCGCGGAUAUUUCGAAACGAUGUGCUCUGUGAUAUCCCUGAUUUUGCAACUACUUCGCGAAGAAACCCUGUCAGAAAACAAAAUCAGCGACCACACCAUACCGGCCUAUAAAACAGAACUCGAUAAGAUACUAGCAGAUGCGGCCCCUCAUCUCAGAAGUGAAGAUUAUUGUUUCACUUUGAAGAACCACGUUGAAAGACUCACCCUGAAACUGCGAUCAUCCUACUUGAUAUCGGAGAUCUGUCGACGAUCCCUAAAACAAUCACCGUCCGGUGAUGGCAAACCAGCCAUGGCACCGCAUCUCUGUCAGGAAUGUAUUGACAGUCUGAUAAGCACCAUAGAGGCAUACAUCGAAAUGCACCAAAUCCUACCACACGGCUCCCGCUCCUGGAUCCAUCUUCACAGCGCUAUCAGUGCCGCUUUCCUUCUUUCGGUCGAUGAGGGAGCUCAAUUGGAGCCGACUGUGUGGGCGAUGCUCGACAAGCUGGAGAAGGUGUUCUGCGAUUUGACAUCUGCCGAUCAGAGCCCAGAUCAACUCUCACAUAGUCCAAAUUCGGGCCGCGAAUGGUCCCCAUUCUCGACAGCGUUGAAUUCAAAUCUCAUGAGCGACCAUCUAAUAGAGCACUUGCCUUCUUACGGAAAGACGUUUAUGCUUUCCGAUUUCCCGUUAGGUGCGGAGUCAUUGAUGCAGGGAGGAGGGGGAGGAGGCUUCAACCCACGAGUGAUGCCCUCGUCUAGUGGAGGCGUGGAGUUUCUCACCGGAACAUUGAACAGUUUGCGGAAAAUAAAUGCCGGCUUUAAAUUGCAGAUGGCGCAAGCUACUAAACCUAAGGUCAUUGAAAAGAAAGCUGGGGCAUGUUGUUUGAGUCGGAAUCCAGAUGCGAAGUCUACAGCGUGUUACAGCCGAAAGCGAAAUCAUGUUUGA